AUGGUCGUGUUGCAAAAAAUAUAUAAAAAAGAUUUGUACAAUGAUAAACUAGCCAACUCGAAAUGGUUUGACCCAACUGGGAUUCCGUACUUGGCACCGGUUGAAUUUACGACACCACGCUUGCCACACGGCCGGUAGUGUAUUUGCUACGACAGUGCAGGCAGCAUGUGAGAAGUUGGAGUUUCCUUUAUCAUACUUUAUUCGUAAAUUAGUCCAAUUUAAACUUUCUGCGGCGUCAUGCAUGAAAGGUCGCUCCCCGCCUCUCCCAACUGGUACUGCUCCCGCAGCAGUGACGUCAGCAGCAGUGGUUUGCUGGGCGUCGGAGCCAAAAACAUCAUCUAUUUGAUUGAUGUGUCUGCAUCCUCCUGCAGGGUUGUAGGUGAGCUCGUUGGCCACAAAGACUUGGUGUCCGGCUUUUCAUUCUGUCAGCAUGCAGGGCAGAGUAACAUCUGUGUCAGCUCCUCCACUGAUGGGAGCAUUCGCUUCUGGGACUCCGACAACAAGGCUCUUAUAAGGGAGGAAGCAGCUCAUCAGACCUCCGUAUCAGCGGUGCACUGGUCUCCGGUGGAUAAAAACCUGGUGGUGUCGGGGGAUGAGAAGGGUGUUGUGGUGUGUCACUGGUACAACACCGGCGACACCACCAGCUUCUUUCCAGAGCCCAGGACCAUCUUCUGCCUCACUUGCUCCCCUCACACCUGGAGAACUGUGGCUGUCGGGUACAAAGAUGGGAUGAUCGUGCUGAUCGAUGUGAGUAAGAAAGGCGAGGUGAUGCACCGUCUGCGUGGACACGAAGAUGAGAUUCACUCUCUGGCGUGGUCGCCUGUAGCCAGCGAGGACACUCUCUACAUCACUGAAGCAACCAGUGGAGCGACUGCAGGAGAUGAGAAGGGCUGCUAUCUAGCAUCUGGGAGCAAAGAUCAGACAAUGAGGAUCUGGAGCUCAGCCAAGGGAAAAAGUGUGAUGACUCUGAAGCUGCCAUAUCUGAAGAAAAGAGGGUCUGCAGUCGACCCCGGGGUCAAGGAGAGACUCUGGCUCCACGUCCACUGGCCGAAGGGACGACCCACACAACUGGUGUCCAGCUGCUUCGGUGGUGAGUUGGUGAUCUGGGACCUAACCCGGACAGGGAAGCAGAGGUGGACUCUGUUGGGGACAUCAUCAGAGGGGCAGAACCACAACAGGAUCGUCUUCAACGUGAGUUCAGUUCACCUGCAGGACGACAGAGAGCUGAUCAUCAGCACCUCCAUGGACAGAGAGAUUAAAUGCUGGGACCUGGCCUCUCUGGACUGCUGUUGGACUCUGCCCACCCUGGGGGGGUUCGUCUACGCCCUGACCUUCUCCCCUGUGGGAACAGGGUGUCUGGCGCUGGGUGUCGGGGACAACAUGAUCCGGGUGUGGAACACACUGACCACCCAGAACCAGUACGACACCCGGUCCUUCUGGCAGGGCAUCAAGUCCAAGGUCACAGCGCUGGCAUGGCACCCAAAAAAAGAAGGAUCCUUGUCUUUUGGAACAGAUGAUGGAAAAGUUGGCAUCUACGAAGUGUUCUCAAACAGACCUCCUCAGAUAUCGAGUUCCUAUCACAGAAAAACGGUGUACACACUGGCCUGGGGGCCCCCAGUCCCCCCGAUGUCGUUUGGUGCCGCAGGAGGAAAGCCGUCCUACAGCCUGUACAGCUGCGCAGGGGAAGGCACCAUCCUGCAGCACGACCCGUCUAAACUGAGUGGAGAGGCUGGGGACAUCGACAAGCUGAUCAGAGACACCAACAACAUCAAGCACAAGCUGUCUCCACACACAGACUUCAGCUGGAAGCCAGAUGGGAAAGUGGUUGCCAUCGGCAACGAGGACGGGUGUAUUGAUGUGUAUGAGGCUCCCAGUCUGAAGCUUCUGUGCAGCAUCCAGCAGCACCACAAGAUCAUCAACACGUUGCGCUGGCAUCACGACCACAGCUCCCCGCCGGAGCUGCACGGCCUCCUGGCGUCAGGCUCCAGCAACGCCACCGUCUACGUGCACGACCUCCGCUCCAUCAUAGAGAGUCCUCCAGAAAGCCCUGUAGUGUUGACAGAGCCGUAUCGCAGGCUGUGUGGUCACACCGCUAAAAUCACCGGUAUGGUCUGGAGUCCACACCACGAAGCCCGGCUGGUCACCGUCUCAUAUGAUGGAACAGCUCAGGUGUGGGACGUGUUGGAGGAAGCAGCUAUCUGUAACUACCGCGGUCACGUUGGUUUCCUGCUGUGUGUGGACUGGUCGCCUGUGGAUCCAGAUGUGAUCUGGACUGGAGGAAAGGACUUCACGCUGCAUGAAUGGAAGGUCUCCACACAAGAGUUUACAAAGCCACCUAAAGGGAAAAAGAUGGUCAACCUGAAGGAGAAGAAGAAGAAAAACAAGAAGGUGUCAGGGGCCGGAGGGGCCGGAGGGGCCGCACCACUAGAGAUGAACGGAGGUUCAGUUACAGGAGGAGUGAAGGCGGUGAAAGCUCAGGAGCUGUCUGGUGAAGAUGAGGAAGAUGAAGUCAGCUCAACAAGCAGUUCCGUACCUCCAUCAGCCAUAAUUGAGACGCAAAGAAAAGCCUUCACUGCCGUAAAGAGCAAAGACAAACCAGACUUGCUGAAGAAGAAGAAGCCUCGCUCCAUGCUGCCCGUCAGCACCGCCAUGGACCAUCGGCCCAAAGAGGAUCUGCUGCAAGACUGCAUCACUCUGGCCUCGGUCAAACACAACAGUGCUCCCCCUGCAGGGUGUGUCCCAGGCCAGGGAGAGCACAUCCAUCUGGGCCUCUUUUCUGACAGGCAGGCUCUGCACCGCAUGUUUGAGGCAGAGGAGGAGGGUCAUGUGGAGGCGGGUCACUUUGAAUCAGUGGUGUACCUGCGGCUGUGGAGCGGAGACCUGGAGGGGGCGCUGCAGCUCGCCACAGAGAAGGGAGAGCUGAAUGACCACCUGCUCUCCCUCGCUCCCAUGGCGGGGUUCCUGGUGUGGAGCCGGACAGUGGAGGCCUUUGUGAAGCAGCUGUGUCUGCAGGAGCAGUACCUGAAGGCAGCAUCUCACCUGCUGUCAAUCAACAAGCUGUACGAAGCCAUCAACCUGCUGCGUUCUCACAAGCUCUACAGAGAGGCCAUAGCCCUGGUGAAAGCCAGGCUGCCAGCAGAGGAGCCGGUCCUGAAGGAGCUGUACACCUGCUGGGCCGCCGUGCUGGAGAGGGACGGACAUUUCUCUGCAGCCGCUAAAUGUUACCUGGCUGCUGGCGCCAGUUUCGACGCUGCUAAAGUUAUCGCCAGGAAGAACGACGUCUCCUCGCUGAGCACCGCGGCCAGUCUGGCCAGAAUCUCCGGAGAGGUUGCCCUGGCUCAGUCGCUGGCGCUGCGGUGCGCUAAGGACCUGGCAGCUGCUCAGGACUGGACCGCAGCCCAGGAGGUCCUGAGCUCACAGGAGAGCCUGCUGGUCCACAGGCUGCAUCUGUGUGUCGCUGAGCUGCUGGCCGUGAUGUUGGCAGACCCUCAGGCUGCGUCUCCGCCCUGCGUCUCCACCAACCUGUGGGCGUCUCCAGGCCAGCGUCACGUCAGCAUCCAUGGCCGAGUGAAAGCCGUGUGGGAGGAGCAGUUUGGCGUUUCACAAACGUCUGCAGGACACCGCAGCGUCAAAACUCUUUUGCAGGAGCUGAAGUCUUUGGAGAGUCCUGCACCCACCGCCAACAUUCCUCUCAGACAGGUUCAGCUGUAUUCCUCCCUCCAUCUGACCCGUGCUGUGUUGAGCUUGUUAUCAGACGAUGACGGGCAGCUGAUAAAGGAGCUGUGGCAGGCGGUGGCCUGGCUCAGAGACGCCGGACACUUCUGUGUCUCUGCAGAGCUCUGCAGGCUGCUGUUCCCUGACGGUAAGGUCACGGUUUGUUCACUAAAUCACCCCAAAGUACUUCAGUACGCAGAGGAGGAAGCCAAAGCGGCUGCUGGCAGUCUUGAGGCGUUCGUCCAUUACCACCGUCUGUACCAACACUGGUGGAGCAACCCCACCCAGAUCCAGAGCAGAUGUUCCCUCCCAUUAGCUGACUGCAGUCAUGGAGAGGAGGUGGAGGAGAAAGUGGUGAAUGGAGAAGGAGAUGUUUCUGAGUCAGGGGAGAGUGUCAGUCCGGAGACUUGGACAUUUCAAGACCUGGACCUCGGUGCGUAUGGGCUUCUGUCUGAGCGUCACGCCGCCUGUCAGGCCUCCCAGAGGUCAGUGAGGGAGAUCCAGGAGCGGAUCGCAGCCCUGGUGCUGAGGCACAGCCGGGCCCAGGUAGGGCAGCUGGACUCUGGGGAGAAGGAGGCCGCAGACAGGCCCCUGCAGCUCUCCUCCAGCAGAGAGGGCUCUGCUGAUGCUGAGCAAAGGCCUGAGGAGCAGGAAACCCUGCUCUCUCUGUCUACCAAGAUGUCAGAACACCAGAAACAGCUGGCUGACCUGCCGAACACAAUCAAGAUGUAUCCUCACCCCGAUGUUGUUGAAUGCUGUCUGGUUCUCCUGCACAUCAGCAAGUCUUCGUCUCUCUCAGAGUCGCUCCAACUAAAGGCCAAAGAUCUGCUCCGCAAAUACGGAAAAGAUCCCUCCGUCCUCAAAAUUGCUCAGAAAUUCCUUAGCUGAAUCUUUCAUUUAAAGACUGAAAGAAGCACUUCCUUUGUACAGCAUUUUUUUUUUUGAUGAGUAAAAAUAAACUUUAUUUGAUUCUACUUCCAGAAAAGCCUGAAAGUCUUCUGUAAGAGCUGCAUGCUCAUUUUCUGUCUGUAUUUUGACCUCGAGUAACAAUUGUUGUUAAACUUAAACACUAACGGUUCAAACUGUUAUUAAUUGAUAGGUAAUUAUUUAUUUCAACAUGCUUCCAGCAGCUUGUCUUGUGUAAAGAUUUGAUGCUUUGCUCUAGUGCAGGGGUCUGCAACCCGCGGCUCUUUAAGCCCUCU